ACAUGUUCUGGCACGAAAAACAAGCUCAGAGAGGAGCGAGAUUGACGAAAUAAAACCCUGACAUGACCAGACGUAACGUGACCACUACAUGUACAAAUACGUCGCCCUUUCUUUGGGAAUUUUGCUCUCGCUUCUUUGUUUGACAGAAGUCAUACAUGUACAUCUAGCAAGAAAAGCCUGCAUCAAACAGAAGAAUGCCAUUGAUUAAGUGCAAAGGUGUCAACAUUGAGUUCCCUUUUGAACCUUAUGACUGCCAACAAGAUUACAUGAGCAAGGUUGUGGAGUGCCUGCAAUCUGGCAAGAAUGGCAUUCUGGAGAGCCCCACUGGUACAGGCAAGACUCUCUGCCUCUUGUGCUCGGCGCUGGCCUGGCGUAACACCUACAUCUCCCAGCAAGAGCUGGGCCGAUGCCUGCAGGGGGACAGCGGGGACUGGCGAGCUGGGGACCAGGGUAGCUUCAGGCAGAAACUUGCUGCUGAGUUGAAGGAAGGUGCAGGUACCUGGGACGAAGGCCAACAAGGCAUGUUUGUGGAUCGUCCCCGGAUCAUCUAUGCUUCCAGAACUCACUCCCAGCUAUCACAGGCAGUAGACCAGUUGAAGGAUACAGCUUACAGGCCGCGAGUGGCUGUCAUUGGCUCCAGAGAGCAGCUUUGUAUCCACCCAGAUGUACAGAAAGCAGAGAGCAACUCAACAAAGGUUCACAUGUGCAGGGCCAAAGUUGAUAGUAGAACUUGCCACUUCUACAACAAUUUGGACCAGAAAAAGGCCGAUAAGGCGUUCACGGAUAAUAUUUUGGACAUCGAAGAUCUUGUCAAACUGGGAAAUAAACACAAAGUGUGUCCUUACUACAUGGCCCGCGAGUUAAAGGCCAACGCUGACAUAAUCUUCAUGCCUUACAACUACCUUCUGGAUUCCAAGUCUCGACGCAUCCACGGCGUAGAGCUACAGGGGAAUGUCGUCAUCUUUGACGAGGCACACAACGUUGAGAAGAUGUGUGAGGAGAGUGCAUCCUUUGACCUGACCUCAUUUGACCUCGCUUCCUGUGUGGAGGAGACAGAUCACCUACUCAAGAAGACCGUAGAGGUCGACAUGUGCAACCAGCAAUUCAGGGCUGCUGACUCCGGCGGAGAGGGGGAAUUUGACACAUCAGCGCUAGCAACUUUGAAGAAGUUGUUUCUGGAUCUUGAGAAUGAAAUAAACGGUAUGAACCCACCGGAGGCAGGCAUCACCAAGCCCGGCAGCUUCAUCUACGAGUUGUUUGCCAAGGUACACAUCACUUUUGAGACCAAGGUGGAGCUCCUACAACUCCUGGAGAAGAUGGUCUCGCAUCUCACCACGAGUUCCACGAUAUUCCACAACAAAGCAGCUGGCUUACAGAAAUUCUGUGACAUCAUUAAUAUUGUCUUCAACAGAGACACUCCUUCAGGGACGGUCUCAGAAGCUAGCAGGUGCUACAAGGUCCACAUCCGAGCCUCCGCACCUCAGAAGAAGGCCGGCCGUACAGAUCUGUGGACCAGCAGCAAUGCAGCGAAAGCCAAGAAGCAAGGCUAUACCUUGAGCUACUGGUGUUUCAGUCCUGGAUUCAGCAUGAAGGAUCUGGUGUCUCAGGGAGUCCGUAGCAUCAUCUUGACAAGUGGGACGUUAUCCCCUCUGAACUCCUUCAAGUCGGAGCUCCAAAUUGAUUUCCCCAUUCAGCUGGAGAACCCUCAUGUGAUCUCUAAACACCAGAUGACGGUGGCUGUCAUGACCAAAGGGCCCGACGGCACGGUCCUCAACUCCUCUUACAACACACGCUUCAACCGAGACUAUGUCAUGUCACUGGGCAACGCCAUCGUGAACUUUUCACGUCUGGUACCCAAUGGUCUUCUGGUAUUUUUCCCAUCAUAUCCCGUGAUGAACCAUGCUCUUGAACAAUGGCAGGAAGCAGGUAUAAAGCAACGUAUCACUCAGUACAAGGAAGUCUUUGUAGAACCCAAGGGCAAGGUCAUUUUUAUAGAGACGAUUGAGUCCUUCUACGAGAAGAUCAACGACCCCAAGCUAAAUGGUGCUUGUUUCUUUGCCGUUUGCAGAGGGAAGGUAUCUGAGGGUUUAGAUUUUGCUGAUAUCAACGGCAGAGCUGUGGUCAUCACAGGGCUCCCCUUCCCACCCAGAAUGGACCCUCGUGUCGUCCUGAAGAUGCAGUAUCUGGAUGAGACAAAGCGAAGAAAUCCUGGCUCUCUAAGUGGGCAGGAGUGGUACCGUCAGCAAGCAUCCCGAGCCGUCAAUCAAGCCAUUGGCAGGGUCAUACGACACAAGGAAGACUUUGGUGCUAUAUUACUCUGUGAUACAAGGUUCUCUAACUGGGAUGCACGGAACCAGCUGCCCUCAUGGGUCCGUCCCUACGUCAACAUCUACGACCAGUUUGGGAAAGGUGUGAGGGAUCUGACGAAUUUCUUCAAGGAGACAGAGAGAACGAUGCCUAAACCUCAACCCAAGCAAGUCCGAUCUUCAGUCCCAGUUCGGAUCGACCAAGACCAGUGCCAGCAGCAAGCUCUUCCAACAACAUCAUUAUCAUCAGCCGGACCAGUCAUUAAAGCCAAGCAUGUCGACACCCAUGUCCCAAGUCUGAAGAGGAACCAUGACGGAAGUCACGUGUCUGAAGCACAGUUGAAGAUAAUGUAUGAGGACUCGCGUCCCAAGCAAGCCAAGAAGGGAGUGGGUCUACUCAAUGCUCUCAGCAGUGUCGAGAACACACCAGAAGAUGACGAUGAUGGCUUCCUUUCCCAGAGAAUCAACAAACCGACUAGUCAGGAGGCCAGGCUGUCAAAACGACUGGACCAGCAGAAGAAGAAAAAGAUCAUCAUUAAACAGCAAAAUGGUUUAGACUCAGUGGGCAAUACUGCUGGACUUCCCCCGCCAACUGCCUCUAGCAAGCAGGAGAGGAAGGAUAGAGGAGCCAAUCCAAGCAUGGCAUCGGCUCAAGACUACAUUGCUCAGGUUAAAAAGACACUAAGUCAAGAUUCGUACAAGACAUUUUCGUCCAUCAUGCAGACAUAUAAAAAGACGGACAACUUUGGAGAAAUGGUUGCAGGCAUCGCAGAUCUCUUCACAGAAGACGAGUCCAAAUUUCCCCUCUUUAGAAAUUUCUACACCUUCGCUCGCCCUCAUCACAAGAAGCAGUUCCACACCAUCUGCAUUAAUCUUACUGGGCAGGGAUGCGGAUACAAACCAGAGCACAGCAUCCCUCCAAAGAAACUAGAGAAGCAGAAACCGUUCACCCCUUCCACGUCAAUUGAUCGAAGUAAGUCGGGUCCACCAGAGCAAAAUCGCCUACAGAAUGGGCCACUUUCAUGCAAAGGCGUGAUUAUCAGCAAAGCUGCUAACCCUACUAAGAGGCACAAGCCAGACAGCUUUGAUCUGUCAUCAGCGGGUAUCAGCAAUAACACAACUGGACCUGACAGAGCUGCUUGCCCUCUAGAACUUAGUGAAGAAGUACCAAGGAAAAGUCUUCCUAGAGAGGACACAGUGUCAAAGUCAUCAUUUGUCCCUCCUGCAUCAGAAUCUGAUCUCUCUGCUGAAUCCUUGGCUAACUUGAACAAAACGGCAUCAUCAACUUGUGUCGAGAACAACGUGGACAGUUUUACUGCCAAAUCAAAGGUGGACCCAUCUGCUGAUUCUGUGAAAGGAGAUUCAAAAAGCAUACCGAGCAAUACCUCAGAGCUUGAAGCAAAGAAGGUCAAGACCAGCUCUUGUGAAGUUCAAGAUAUAGGUGUUCCCUCGGCAGAUGUGUCCAUUACCCUCACAAAACCACCUGAAAGCAAGCCAAAUUGUGUCAGACAACAACUGGAAAGGUCAAGGUUAAAAGUGCAUCAAGGAGAAAACUCAGGUGAUUGCAAAGAAAGGGAGAAGCCAUCUGUAGACGAUAGGGAUACAGUCAAGAAUUCUACUGGAGAUCCGUUCAGAGAUGUCAGAAGCUCUGACUCUAAGAAAAUAAGAAAUGCAGAUUCACAAAGACAGGAUUCCAAAAGCAAACCAGGAGGCAGUCUGUCUGAGGAUGCUCCCUGUUUCUCCGAAGAGCCAAAGGUAGAAUUCGAAGACUCCCAAGAAGAAGAUGCUGAGGAACCAAUGUCCUUGGAAUCCAGCACAGAUGAAGAUCCUGUUCUAAAUGCCAGUGACGAGCUCUUUGAUGCUGCUUUUAGCUCAUCUAACCCUUUGAUGGGAAAAUCUGAAGAGGCCCACGAAAACAAAACCGAAACCAAAGGAUUUACAGAUAAAGAUCAAAGAACAGCCUCUUUGUUAGAGGAUUUGCCAGGACCGAGUAUAGGAGGAGCAACCUCUCAAGUAGAACCAGCCCCAUCAGCUAGAGAAGAACCAGAUAAUUCAUGCAGUCGGCCAAAGGCUGAUCCACCUGUUGCGCAAGGAUCCAAAAGGUGGAGAAUUCAGAAGAUGGUUGAUGAAGUGAAACGGACCCUCAGUGAUUUAGGAGCCCUGGAAGGAAGGAGCAACAGAGGGAGUCUGAAGAUUGAGAAUACCAGGUCUCAGAGAGAAGUAGGAGGGAAAGACAGCCACUGUCAGGUAGUUCAGAAGAACUGCAACAAUUUCAGCCCAAGAAGCAACAUAUUUAAACCCUCUUCCAAGGUGAAAUCAAGUAGCUCACAGGAUGAUUUUCAGUCACCAUCCCAACUCAAGUCGAGUAAAAGGAAUAAAUCAGACAUGAGUCCAGGAAAAUUAAGCAGGAAGCGAGAAGCGGAUAACCUUUUAGAAAACAGACACAAGAAAAUAUGUGAGGGUGAUGACAGGAGAUUUGAGAAACUGACUUCAAAGCAACCUGAUGGCAAACACUUGAAGUUCAAUCCCAAAAAGGCUGGAGAUACAGAUGGUGACCAGUUAGGUGUCAAUUUCAGAAAAGGUGAAACUCCCCUGAAAAAUUGAUGAAGUCCUCAAAAUUGAACUUGGAGUCUAAAAUAAGCCCUGCUCCUUCAGAUCAACCUGUGGACUGCUCACAGCAUGCAGCAACUUCAAAACCAAGGAAAGUAAAGCUGAGCAAAAGGAACAGCUGCAAAAAGAUCCAAGAACCAGUAGCUGAGUUCAUGGACAGCAAGUGCAACCAGACGACAAACACAGACAUACAGACAGCACCUGAUGUCUCUCUGAGUAGAGCGUCUUGUUCCAGACGCAUAGAGAAUUCUUCAAAGAAGCCCCUGGCAAAGGCUGAGCAGUCAUUUCUCAAGGAGACAGCAAACUCCAGUCACGCCAAAUGAAAUGGCGUUUCAGAAAUGUCCUGAGUGCAGUUCUCAUACUAAGGAGAAGUGUCUUGUUGCAGUCUGAUCAAGUACCAAAGUUGGUCAAGAUUUCCGAAGAAGUUAUUUUGGGUAAGCCGUGAAAAAAGGAUACAAAUACAGUGACAUUAUACAAAGCACAUUUUGAUAGGUGCACAUACAUGUAACUUCAUUAGGACAGACACUUGCAGACGCCAAACUUGACCUGCACCUUUUUUGCUGUUCUGUUUUAUCCUGGAAGCUAUCUUUGUUUUUUUUCUACGUUGAUUGUCACUCAUUUUUACAAGUUUUCUACAUUGGGUUUAUCCUCCAUUUUCCACCCACAGUGACAGUUUUCUAUUCAUUUAAUUUGAGAGAGCUGAUAAUUCUCUGUAUCGAACACACUUUGAACCUGUCAACUGUUUGAUCACAUGCCUCCUUCCACGCCAUCACUUUAUCCAAUUGAGUCCAAAUGAAACGAAAGCAAAUAUUCUUAUCUCAAAGGCAUCUAUUGCCCUUGCCAGAUGGCCAAAGAGACACGGUCAGGUUUGUGUUAAUCACUUAGCCUCUUAAAUUUUAUCAAAAUGUGCUUAAUCUCUUAUCAAGCCUAUUAAUAUUUGUCACCAUUGAAAAUUUGACUGUCACAGCAGUGAAGAAUCCGGCACCCAUUUCCUGUAAAUUCUUGUUUUACCAGGCUGGUUUCUUUCUGUUUGCACAAAUCUUCAAUGAGAGUGUAAGGUUGGAAUGAAUUUCUUUUUACCUAAGUGUGGUUGACUUUUAACUGAGAAGUGGUUGCUCAUUAUGACAAGGUUGCUAGAACCGGUCACCUGCAGGCAUAGCACGUACAAUAGAGCCUUGUUAUUUAAUAAGAAAAAAAAAAUUCAAGAGACAUGGAACUUCAGAAUUUUACUUCAUACAACAGUAUAUUUGUUAUAACAGUGUUUGUUGUGACUCGUGAAAAGAAUUAUAUAGCAACCAUGUUGUGGAUACAGAACAAAUUGUGUUGAUACCCACAAAUAAUUUAUCAGAAUUUCAUAUUAAUAUUUCCAUUGAAUAGUUUUUUUUCCAAAGUAUCUAAAGUAUAUGUAGGCUUACGUUAUCAUGUAUAUGUGCAUCAGUCUUGAAUUGUUAUUUAAAAAAUUACUUAAUAUUUGUAAGCAUAAGAAAAGUUGUACAUUUAUGAUUUUUUGGACAGCAGUGGAACCUUAUUCAUUGGGAAGCCAUGUUUGAUCGUGUUCCCGGAAUCUUUCUUUAUUUUAUCUUAGUGAAAUUUGUUAAAUGUGGUGGUGCCAGACUAUUUGGGUUCCGAUGAUGCCUCACUUUAAAAUUUGUUUAAAUUGUGGCGUACACAGUGGCGUACACAUGUAGUUAAUCAGAAAUUUCAGCUUGGCAUAAACAUUUACAUGUAAUGAAAUAUUCUUUCAUUGCUUUCAUUUGUAUUCUCGGUUCCCCAAAUCUAAAAUUAACCUCGCUUUUGAUUCAACAUGGCUCCCAUGUGAUUAAGGGCCAAUUCUGUCAUACAAGAAAAACUGCAGCGUUAGUCAAUCAGAUUUAUAGUUGUGCGUGCCGACUCAAACUUAUUAUAAUGUUUAUAUUACAUAACCAUAGACUGCAUGUAGGCAUAGAAAUGGAAUUUAUUGUGGCUAACAUCGUGGAAGUUUCUUUAUUGAAUCGCUGGACAGAACAGAAGCCUUUGCUUGAACGUCGAGUGCGUACCUUUUCACCUCUUUAUUAACUUAUCGAAAAGUAAUAUAAACGUUACGUUUUGUCAAGAUAAAGUUAUGGAUAGGUUUGGCAGAGCUGA